AAACCGCCCCACUGUGACUCCGGGAAUUGAAAUGCCUAUAAACUCAAAUCCUCCCUUUUAACUAAAAUCAAAUCUUAGCAUGGACGAAACCAACCGCAACCUAUCCCCUAAAUCCACCGCCACCGAUCCCGCCGUUUGGGCGGCCUUCUCCCAGAACUUCCGGCAGGUGCAGUCGGUGCUCGACCGCAACCGCCUCCUCAUCCAGCAGGUCAACGACAACCACCAGUCCAAACUCCACGAUAAUCUCGUCCAGAACGUCUCUCUCAUUCAGGAAAUCAACGGUAACAUUUCCAAGGUCGUCUCCAUGUAUUCCGAUCUCUCCUCCAAUUUCUCCACCGUCUGCCACAAGCACCACGCCGCCAACAACACGAACUCCUCCGACAAGCGCUGAUUCUCUCUACUCGACUUCACCAAUUCAAUCAAUAACUAUAUUCUACUUUCCAUUUUUUGUUUGUGUUUCGCUUCUAAUCUGGUGUGCACUACAUGUUUCCAGUAAAAUUCCUAAUUGCUCUUCACUCUUUGUAAUUUAUGUACUACACCUUUUGUCUACAAAAUAUUCAUACGAAUUUAAAUACAAUCGCUCCACUAUACAAUUUGGCA